AUGCUCUGUCAAAGAAUCGCCCUUCUCAACGAGGCGAGGGCACGUUCGGGACUGCAUCCCCCGGGAUUCGCCCCGCAUGUCUCGUCCGACAUAUACAAGACGGGGGCUCCCAGCUCUAAGCCGAACGCGAAGUCUUGGGGCCAUCGGUUCAGCAUCGAGAGCGCCGGACCAAAGGCUGCAACGCUCAGAGCCGCCUCCCGGAUCUCAGACCCGUCCAAGAUCAUAUCCCUGGGAAUUGCUCGGCCCUCUCCGGAGCACUACCCCUGGGAGUCGUUGGUCAUCGAGAAGUUCCUCGCCCAGUCGGGAGUCAGCACGCAGGCCCCGAGCGGCUCUUCGCAGGUGAUGUUGUACAAGCUCCUCGAUGAGCGCUGGGGUCACCAGGGCUUUAUCGACUGGCUUUGCGACCUAUCGUCGCGGUAUCGCCGUCGCCGGGACACCUUGAUCGAGGCCUGCGACCGCUCUCUGCCGUCUGAUGUCUGCUCUCGGUCUGUCCCGGUCGUCGGUAUGUUUCUCUGGGCCCGACUCGACUCGACUCAGCACCCGAAACAUCGGAUUUACACACAGCCGAGAGCGACCGGCGUGUUAGUGAGCAAGGGAAGCUGGUUCGCAGCCGGCCAAGGACACCCCUUCGACAUCCUUUUCCGUCUAACGUUUGCGGCGGCCCCCGAAUAUCAUCUGGAAAGGGCUGUGGAGCGAUUCGCGACGGUUUUGCGAGCUGAGUUUUUAAAUGCCGUGUAA